GCGAGAGAUCAAAUAUGGCGGCGUUAAGGAGCUUCGGAUCGUGGUCUUCACUUUGUAUAAAAGCUUCAAGCGCGUCGAAUUAUCUUCAUAACACGACGGUGCAACGUCGGUACGCUCAAGGUGUUGUUCAAUCCGCUUCCUUUUUGAUGCAACAACGGGAGAGAAAAAGGAAAAGAGACCAUAAAAAAAAGAAACCUAAAAUAAAUCAGUGGAUAUAUAAGAAUAUCCCUGGAAACUUGAAGCUAAGAAGUACAUAUACAGAUUGGCCAUCUGUUUUCACUGGACCCCAGUCAUAUAAUCCUGCUACAAUUCCUGUUCUCUUCAGAAUGGGACGAAUGAAACACAACAAAUAUGGCCAAGACCGUCCCAAAGGAGCAAUUGGAAACAUAGAACUAUCCAAGAUACCAACCUUUUUUCACUUGGCUCCUCCUGCUGUUGAAAGACAGUGUCAGGCUCUAAAGUCAUUAUGUACUGAAUGGCCAAGCAACCUUGACCACUCAAGUGUACCAUUGCGAGUAACAACCAAAAAUUACUUAUUUGCUGGACCAUCACUUCAUCAUCCAGGAUCAAGAGUGGUCAAACUUCAGGUUUACUUGAGAGAUCUGGUUCUAGAUGAUCAUGCCAGAAAGAAGUUGAUUGAACUGGUGGAGGAUCGCUAUGAUCCAGAGACUGAUGAGCUUACAAUUGUCACAGACAGAUGUCCAACAAGGAAACAGAACCGGGAUUAUGCCAUGUAUUUGCUAAGCGUACUUUAUCACGAGUCUUGGAAAACCGAACCAUGGGAAGCUGAGGCGAAUAAAGAAGAAGCAGAAAGCGACGACGAAGAUGAGGAAGAAAUAAUGCAGUUGAAAAAGAAACCCAAAAAACCAAGACCCUUAAAGCUUAUUAACGGAGAAUUGUACAGGGUCAACAAGUUCGGGAAAUAUUUUAAACUGUUUAUAAACGAAAAAGACUAGAAUGGAAGAUUAGAACGAGAGAACUUUUAUCCACUCGGUUUUCUUAAAGUGCUUGCAACGAAUGCUUUUGUACAAAUGUGUGACUUCGUUUGAAUCACCAUGCAAUGCGUGGAACAGAUUGCUUUAUCACCUGGGAAGAAUUCCAGUCUUCAGGUGCACUGAGAACACUUUUGCAACUGAUGAUAGAAGAAUGGAAGACUCGGAAUAUACCAAUGGUCGAUGUGGCAUUGGAAAACUAACUGAGAAUUUUACCGGAACGAAUUGGAAAAAUCGUAGAAGAGUGUCAACAAUUAUUUUAUUGUUCUUUUUCUCUGAUAAGAUUGACUGUAGAGCGGGAGAGGAGAAAUAAUAUUUUUUCUGAAUAUGUACUUUUUAUGGCGUUUUUUGUCUUAACCCCAUCUUAGGGAAGAAGGAGGUGAGACUACAAGCAGUGUCCGUGCACGAAUCAAGACAGAUUCGCUUGCAUUUUAUCGUUGCAAGCUGCUCUACUUAAAAUCGGUCAAAAUACCGCUUCGCUAAAAUGAAAGGCACAAACGCUGGAAGUGAACAUGCAGCUCUAUAGUAAAAUAGACCUCUCGUCUUUUUUGAGACAACAGCUUCAGUAAAACACUGAACACUUUUCUUCCUAUGACCGUAACUCUUAAGUUUUUCUUCAGUGUCGGGGGUGUCUCCCUUCUUUCCAGCCGCGCUAAGCUUUCGUGUGGGAACGAGUUGUGUGUCAUCGCUCACGAGGAGUAAGCCUUGUACCAAACAGCAGAUUCCAACGACUGAGCAUUAAAUGAGGUUUUUAACCUAAUGGUUAACGGCGUAUUAAGCAGUUUUCAAUUGCGUCGAAAGUCGUCCGCUGUUGGAUUUGUUUUGCUUUACAUCACUCUGUGAUUGGUUAAGAAAACUCGUACCUUUCUCUCGACCAAUCAGAUGUAAAAGAAAAGCUGGCUUUUUCUUCGCUUUUAGAAUAGUUUGCUUUGUGUUUGCUUUCUUUUUCUCUGAUUGGCUGUUGUGAUUAAUUUGGUUUUGAUUUUACGACACUCAAUGAAAUCUAAUCUAUCGUUUGAGCACUGAUUGUAAGGAGUUUCACCGACGUAAAUUAAAGUAUUCAGUAAAGUCAUAAUAGUACUUCCAGAGUGAGUAAAAGAUCUCAAUAAAACCAAGUAUCGAGGG